AACGGGAAUGGGACCGGGAAUGGGACCGUGAACAACGGGAAUCCGAUCGGGAACAACGGGAACGCGAACGGGAAAUCGAUCGGGAACAUCGGGAAUGUGAUCGGGAAUAUCGGGAAUGCGAUCGGGAAUAUCGGGAAUGCGAUCGGGAAUACCGGGAAUGCGAACGGGAAUAUCGGGAAUCCGAUCGGGAAUACCGGGAACGGGACCGGGAGCACCGGGAGCAAAGGGAACGGGAGCACCGGGAACGGGAACACCGGGAAUGGGAUCGGGACGCGGACAGCGAGAGGCACGUCCGGGAAUUCCUCAAAUGGGCGGAGCCUUGGGCCGCUCAGCUGCAGGAGCUGCAGCUGCAGAGAUCUGACUUCGAGAUCUUGAAGGUGAUUGGACGAGGGGCGUUCAGCGAGGUGGCCGUGGUGAAGAUGAAGGAAUCGGGAGAGGUUUUUGCCAUGAAGAUAAUGAACAAACGAGACCUGGUGCAGAGGGGGGAGGUCUCCUGUUUCCGGGAGGAACGGGAUGUUCUGGUCCAUGGGGACAGACGCUGGAUCACUCGGCUGCACUUUGCCUUCCAGGACCCCCAGUGUCUGUUCCUGGUCAUGGAAUACUGUGUGGGUGGUGACCUCCUGACCCUGCUCUCCAAGUUCGGGGACUGUCUCCCCCUGCCCCUGGUUCGGUUCUACCUGGCGGAGCUGGUGCUGGCCAUAGACAGCGUGCACCGGAUGGGAUACGUGCACCGGGACAUCAAACCCGACAACAUCCUCCUGGACCGAUGGGGUCACAUCCGGCUUGGGGACUUCGGCUCCUGCCUCAAGCUGGGGCCUGAUGGCACCGUGCGCUCGUCGGUGGCGGUGGGCACCCCGGAUUACCUGUCCCCAGAGAUGCUGCUGGCAGUGGAGGAUCCCAGCCUGCGCUAUGGGGCUGAGGUUGACUGGUGGGCACUGGGAGUACUGGCCUAUGAGAUGCUGUUCGGCAGGACUCCCUUCUAUGCUGAGAGUGUCCUGGAGACCUACGGCAAGAUCCUGCACUUCCAGGAUCACCUCCACUUCCCGGAUGACCCGGAUGAAGGGGGCGUGGCCCCGACCGAGGGGGGCGUAUCCGAAGUGGGCGUGUCCAUAGGCACCGAAGGGGGCGUGUCCUCUGAUGCCGAAGUGGGCGUGUCCCCAGAGGAAGUGGGCGUGUCCCCACCAGAAGGGGGCGUGUCCCUGUCCUGUGCCGCGCGCGCUCUCGUGCGGUCCCUGCUGUGCUCGCGAGAGCGGCGCCUGGGCCGCGGGGGCGCGCGGGACUUCCGGCGCGCGCCGCUGUUCGCGGGGCUG